GUUAUGAAUUCUCAACAAUAAAAUAAUCCAGAAUACUUUCCACCUCCAACCUAUUAUUGUAACAAAAGUGGACAUCCUUUAACAUGGAAAUCAACCAGUGGUCAUUCAUGUGCAGAAUGUAAGAUUAAAAAUUGCAGAUCUCGCUAUUGGUGCUAAUAAUGCUAAGAAGCAUUUUGUUUAGAAUGCAUGCCUCCACCUCUAUUUGGAAUUAUUUGUGGAGCAGGACAUCCGUAAACUUGUAAUUACUAUUAAAAGAAUGAAAUUGAGCAUUGUACCUCAUCAUGUUUGUGAUUAUUGCAGUGAAACUAUUUAAAAUUAAGCACAUAGAUGUUAAAUAUGUGAUUUCGAUGUAUGCCCAAGUUGCUUACUGCAAAAAGAGGAUUGA